UGCUAAACCCUUGCGAAGAAAGCAUGAAAAAUGCUAGUCAAUCAAUGGCGAUUUUCAGAUCAAUCAUCAAAACCCUAAUUUCUCGAAAUCAAAACCUCAAUUCUUCUAGAACCUUCUUAACUCACUAUUCUUCGUCAACGAUUCCAUUAACGCCGUUACUUAAUUGCCGGCGUAGCCACUUUCUUUUCCGUCCAAAUUUCCUUUCUCCGUUAGCCUCAGCCGUUAAUUUCUGUCCACUUUUUCUGUCUUCACCGCCUUGUAAACUUUCACAAUCAGCCACUUCGUUACAUCUUCAAUCCGAUUUUAAAUUGCAAUUUCCUACAGUUAGUGGUCUUAGAUUGAAAUUUCCGUAUAAAUUGUGCUUCCAAUCGACACAUAGAUUGCAGCAAAAUGAUGAGAGAAAUGAAAAGCAAGAGGAGUGUCGGAUUGCUGGUGAAGUUAGGGAUAGUUUCGUCAAUUUGCCCAAUUUUAUUUCAUUCAGUAGAAUGAUAUCCGGUCCAUUUCUCGCCUGGAUGAUUAUACAUGAUAUGUAUCUUCCUGCAUUUGUUGGGCUAGCUGUUUCUGGGGCAACUGAUUGGCUAGAUGGGUACGUGGCGAGGAGGAUGGGAAUAAAUUCUGUUGUUGGUUCUUACCUUGAUCCUCUUGCUGACAAGGUUCUUAUUGCAUUUGUUGCUCUGGCAAUGGUAGAGAAGGGUCUUCUUCACUCUGGGCUUGUUUCCCUGGUUGUGCUGCGUGAUGUGGCCCUUGUUGGUGGUGCGGUAUAUAAAAGAGCUAGCAUUUUAGAGUGGAAGUGGUCAAGCUGGUAUGAAUUCUUCAACCUUGAUGGAGCCUGUCCUCAGAAGGUUGAGCCUCUUAUGAUAAGCAAGGUAAAUACAGUUUUGCAAUUGGCCCUUGUUGCUGCAGCUCUCCUUCAACCGGAUCUGGGUAAUGAGGAAACUCAAACAUAUAUUACUUACCUGAGCUGGUUAGUAGCCAUGACAACGGUAGGUUCAACUGCGGCCUAUGGAUCACAACACCUUAGGAGUGGAGCUACAUUUAAGAACAGACUCUAACUGGACGGACACUGAGUACUCACCAAAAGAAAUAUUGCCUGCUUUUUGACCAGACUUUUUUCUUUCCUUUUCUUUUUUCCCCAUGAGAUGUCAAAGUAAUGUCCUGUUGUAUAUCUGACAGGAGGGGAGGUUAUAGUUUUUGUUGUACACUUAUAGAUCCUCACUCAAUUCUUAGGGGACUGUCCUAUCAGGAAAUAAAAAGUUUUCCUCUAUCGUUUUACGUCUCUGCUGAUAUUGAAAGACUUAAUAAUAACAUGAUCCCGACAUCCUUGUGAUAUUUCCAUGGCA